GGCAAGUUGGUGAGAUCAUAUGUUGUGCAUGUUUGCUUUAGUUAACUAUUUAGAGUACAAACUACAUUGAAACAACCAUUCUGUUUCAAAGAUUGACAUGGAGAGGAUUUUAGAUCAGAAGCUUGUUUCAAGCUGGUUUGACGUUCAUCAAUCCGUGCCCGAAACAUAUGUUUUCCCACCCGAAAAACGACCCGGCAAGCUCAACGUUCCCCUAUGCAAAAGCAUUCCAGUAGUUGAUCUCGGGAGCCAUGAUCGCCGUGACACCAUUCAGCAGAUUUUCAAAGCCAGCCAGGACUUCGGCUUUUUCCAGGUUAUCAACCAUGGAGUUUCGAAUAAGUUAAUCGAUGAUACAAUCAGUGUUUUCAAGGAGUUCCAUGAAAUGCCCUCAAAAGACAAGGCAAGAGAAUGCUCCAAGGAUCCAAGUCGAGACUGCAAGCUCUACACAAGCAGUGAAAACUACGCAAAUGAAGAAGUUCACUACUGGAGAGAUGCAUUGACUCACCCUGGUCAUACUUCAGAAAAAUACCUGCAAUAUUGGCCUCAAAAACCAACUCAGUACCGAGAUGUUGUUAAGCGGUAUUUGGAGGAGGCGAGGAACUUGGGUGCUGUGAUUCUGGAGCUGCUUGCUGAAGGGUUGGGACUUAGCGCUGAGUUCUUCAAUGGUGGGCACAGUGAUAGUCCAAUGCUGUUGUCGAAUCAUUAUCCGCCGUGUCCGGAUCCUAGCUUAACCUUGGGGUUAACCAAACACCGGGAUCCUACCCUCAUAACCAUUUUGCUUCAAGAUACAGAAGGGCUUCAAGUUUUCAAAGAUGGGAACUGGAUUGGGGUUGAGCCUGUUUCUACAGCUUUUGUGGUCAACAUAGGCUAUGUACUCCAGAUUAUCAGCAACUCAAAGUUUAAAGGUGCAGAACACAGAGUGGUGACUAAUUCAAGAGUCGCAAGGACAACCAUUGCUUACUUGAUUUAUCCUUCUAAUGAGAACCUUAUAGAACCUGCAAAAGCUCUAUGCAACCAAAAUCCGCCACUCUACCAAUCGUUGACAUUUAAGGAGUUCCUUAAAAACUUCAAGGCAAACUUCAAAUCUAAAAUCGACAGUACUGAAGCAGUGUUGCAGACUAUAAGCCUCUCAGGUAGCUAGUGUUGUAAUAGGAACUUUUAUGACUAGGUGAUCCUUGCAAAAUGAAUUAAACUUGAAAAGUUUAUAUAGGAAACAUAUAUUUACAGUUUCACUUUCACAUCGUUGAGACGUUGUUGUUGUUGUUGGUUUUUUUUUUUGUGAGAAUAUUGAGACGUUGUUAUCAUAUUUGUAAGUUGUAACG